AUGAUCCAGAAUUGUUCAGAUGAGGUUGCCAAUGGAUCCUCUGGUAUCUUUGUUAGUUGGCGUUCCAGAAAAUUAUCCAAUGUUGAAAAGACCCACUGGUUGAUAGGCUUUUAUGUUGGUCUGAAAUAUCGUGAGCUUGAUUUAGAUGUUGGUGAGAAGUACCAGGAUCAUGAUAUGAUCAUUCGUCUCAAUGAUAUCAACGAGGAGGUAUUUAUCGAGUUCUCUGAGAUGAGCAAUGAGAAUUCUGAAGGGCAUGAUGUUGAAGCAUGCCGUGGUAGACUUGCGAG